UAUCUACAGUGUACAUUCCUCAGCUGGAAUAUAGAGUAGAGGAAGAUAUAGGUGAACUGCUGAUUCCUGUUAGAAGAUCUGGAGAUAUCAGUCAAGAACUGAUGGUCAUUUGUUCUACACACCAAGCUGGAGUUGAUUAUGUGGGCAUCAGCCAUAACCUGGAUUUUAUACCAGGAGUCAAUAUGCAAGUGCUUCGAGUGAUCAUCCUUGAUGAUUUGGGCCAGCCUAUUCUGGAAGGUCUGGAGAAGUUUGAACUACUUCACUGCAUGCCCACAAACACAGUGCUUGGAAAGCCUAGCAAAACUACUGUCUUUAUCAAUGACACUGUCACUGACUUCAGUGCAAAGUCUGAUACUGACUUCAGUGGAAACGGAAUUGUGGUCAUCACCCUUUUUGCCCUUGUGGUAUCAUGCACCUACUUCCUCUCUGCAUCGAAGGGUUCUGGCCAAGUUAUGAUGGACUACAAGGAGAGGCUGAAUACAGAUGAUUCUGUAGUGGUGUUUCUUCCAGGAGAAACUGAGAAGCCCUGUGUGGUAACUCUGGAGGACGAUGCAAUUUAUGAGGAGGAGGAGGAAUUCAGACUGGUGCUGGGAACACCAAGAAGUGAUUCCACAUUUGGUACUUCUAUUGGGGAUCCGAAAGAGACCAUGAUCAAGAUUAAGGAUGAAGACGACAAACCAGUGAUUAAAUUCUCUGAAAUAAAACACAGCAUUCAGGAGCCUCAGGAACCUGGAGAAAUUGCACUCGUAAGAAUCCAUGUUCUACACCUUGGUGAUGGUUCUGAAGUAUCUGUUGUCAGAGUGCACACUAAGGAUGGCUCAGCCACCUCAGGGGAAGACUACAAUCCAAUGUCAGAAGAUAUUGAAUUUGGAGAAGGAGAAACCGAGCAUUUUGCUGAAGUAGAGAUUCUUCAUGACGGCAUAAGAGAAAUGCGAGAAGCAUUUACUGUCCACCUGAAAGCUGAUGAGAACAUGGUAGCAGAGACGCAGACGAGUAAAGCCAUUGUGUACAUUGAAGAAAUGGACAUUGUUGCAGAUGUGAUAUUUCCAGCUGUGCCCCAGGUUGUCUCACUGAUGUAUGGCGAUACUGCUAAAAGCAAAGAGAAUCCACACCCUCCAACUGGCUAUCCUGUUGUCUUUUUAACAGCACGCAAUCCCAAGUAUUCAGACUACGAUAAAACUGGUUCCAUCUGUGCCACGGAGCAUAUCAACGAUACUCUGACCCUGUACCUCUGGCUUGUCAGUGUUCCAAGUGGGAGUGAUGGUGUCACCAGCCCGAUGAGGGAAGCAGGCUCCAGGCUUCAGUGUGCAGCUCGAGCUGUGAAUGCCAAUGGUGAUGCAGGUCUGGAGCUGCUAAGUCCAAUUUUCACAGUAAACAGAGAGGAAGGUCUUUGCCAACCUCGCAUCCCAGGAACAGUAGGAGCAGAACCUUUCUCAGCUAAAAUUCACUACAUGGAUCCAGAUGAUCCUGACCAUCACAAUCUGAUCCGACUAACAGUGACAAUGCCCCAUAUGGAUGGAAUGCUGCCGGUUAUCUGCACGCACCCCUUAUCCAACUUUGAGCUAACACUUAGCCCAGAUGGCACUCGUGUAGGACACCACAAGUGCUCCAACCUACUAGAUUAUGAGAUCCAGACCAAACAUAGGUUUAUUACAGAGGAAACUAAGAACCCCAAAGUGAUUGGAGAAAUGUCACCUUACCAGUACAGCAGUGUUCUGCGGUCUGCCAAAACCUUGUGUUUCUACCAGAACCUCAACCUUGAGGCUUGCCUUUGGGAAUUCAACAGUUACUACGACAUGUCUGAGUUGCUGACGGACUGCAGUGGCUCCAUUGGCACAGAUGGGCAGGUCUUAAAUCUGGUGCAGUCGUAUGUAACUCUGUGGGUGCCUCUCUAUGUCCCCUAUGCCUUCCACUCCCCUGCUGCCACUGGUGGCUGGCAACAUUUUGAUUUGCAGCCUGAACUGAGACUCACCUUUGUGUACAGCGCGGCUGUCCUGUGGAAAGAUGGGAUAGGCAGCCCUCCUGAAUCAGAGCUCCAAGGUGAGCUGUUUCAGAUGCUGUCAUUUCUAAACUCCAUCCUGUUCAGCCUUCUGAUGAUGGGAGACGCAUGUGCACAGACCAACUCUAGAGCAGACGUUCUUAUGGAGAGAGAGACACCAGUGCUGAAGCGGAACACAGUUACAGGGCAACGGGAGCACUUACGCAGCCCUGUGCAGGGGAAGUGCAUGCAAAAGGGACCUUACUGGAGUGAGCAGCCUUGGUGUCUGCAUGACAAAAAGUCCCAGACCUCUUCUUUCUCCUGCCUGCACUCUGUUAUAUCAGCAUACGUGGAUAUGUUUCAGGUGCGAGAUUACUCAGGUACUAAUGCUGUGAAAUUCAUCCCUUGUACUGCUGUGCCUGGUUAGCAAUAUGCCUUGCUGUCGACAGUCUGCAACCCAUGGGACCCAAUUGCGUUUGAUAUGGACAUCAGGUUCCAACAGUUUCACUUUUCCCCACGGGUCAGUGACCCAGUGGCAGCAGAGUUCAGUCUAAAUACUCAAAUAUUUCUGCUGUCCAAAAAGGAGCUUUGGAUACCUGAUGGGUCAAUGGGAUUUGGAGAAGGAGCUGAUGUAGCCUUUCCUAAAGGUUCUGAAAUCUAUGGCCGAGUGAUGGUGGAUCCAGUUCAUAAUCUAGGUGGCUCCUUCAGCUGCAACAUCGAGAAGGUGUUCCUUUGCACUGGUGCCGAUGGGUACGUGCCCAAAUACAGCCCAGACAAUCAGGAAGAUGGAUGCCUGGCUGACUCGCCCUCCCUCUUGUACCUUACGUACCAGAUUCAAGAUGCUGCUCAACCUGAGACACAAGCAAGAGCCUUUGGAAACCUGGAGUUUCACGCUACAUUAGCAGCUGAUCGUGCAGAUGCUUUUCCUCUAGUAAAUCAGCCUGGUUCUGAUGGUUUCAGCCUGUCAUCCGCUCCACUCUUCCAGGUGGCAGCUGGCCGAGAAUGGUACAUUCACACUAUUUACGCAGUCCGAUCGAAGGAAAAUGCACAGAGGCACAAUGGCAAAAGAAGUCUUGACUACCACCACGUGUUGUCCUCUGCUAAAGGAAGAGUUAGCACCACAGCCUUUAAACGCAGCAGAAGAGCCAACCCAGACAUCCCGGUCUUCAUGCAAGACAUUGGAGCAGAUAAAAACAGGGGCACGAAUAUUCAGCAUAUUGCACUUGACCGUUCUGACAAAGUGUCGUCAUGCAGCAAGACGUGGUCCCAGCUGGUGUGCCGCAUCGCAGGCCAGUUCUGGCAAUCACAAGCAGGGACUCUGGAAACAGCUGUCGUCAUGCAGCGAGACGUGGUCCCAGCUGGUGUGCCGCAUCACAGGCCAGUUCUGGCAAUCACAAGCAGGGACUCUGGAAACAGCAUUGUGCCCGCUCCUGGAGCUUGGCAGGAGUGCUGCUGCUGCUCUGCACUGUGGUCAUAA